UGUCAGUUGAAAUUCGAGACGAGAUUUAAGUGUUAUUGUUUCUCUAGUUUCUUUUUAUCAGUGGCACGUGGCUGAGUCGAGAGAGAAUGGAAUUCGGAAGAUAUCUAGAAGAGAUUGUUGGUUUUAGAGAACAUCUUAGCUUAGAGAUGCAGGGAACAGCUUUAAUGCCGCACAACCCUCAACAAGGAUAUCCACCACCAUCAGGACCGAUUGUUACAGACAUGGAAUCUCCGUCGUCACCAAGCGAAUUAGCCAAAGACAACGCGAACAGAAGCGACUCCGGCAUCUUUUCCUGCACCACCAACACCACCAUAGACCAAACGGACAGCUCCAAAAAUUUCGACAGCGCCGACAACAGAAGCGAUUGCUCGUCACCCGAACGCAAAUACUUCUGUCCGAUUUGCGAAAAAAUGCUUACUUCCCAACACAAAUUCACGCUCCACAUCAGAUCUCACAACAACGAAAACGAAGUACAAGACACGGAGAAGGGGUUCACUUGUAGGAUUUGUUCCAAGGUGUUAAGUUCCAACAGCAGCCUGGAUAGGCAUGUGCUCGUGCACAGCGGAGAGAGGCCAUUCCACUGCAAGUACUGCGGCGAUACUUUUACAACCAACGGCAACAUGCACAGACACAUGAGGACCCAUUCUCAAAGGAACGAAAGUAGCUAUGAAUCAGACGGUAGCAUUGAUAGCGGUAGCUCCAAAAGCACGGAAUUUAACAACAAUAAAGUAGAGAAAAACAAAAGGAAACACGAAUCUGUAGAUACAAGCGAUAAAAAACCUAGAUUAGACUUAGAAACAAACAUUCCACAAACAUUCCAUUGUCCACUAUGUGAACGAUCAGAUUUUAACUCUGCUGAGAUUCUAGAAGCUCAUUUAGAGGACAACCAUCCUGAUUACCCAAUCAAAUGUUCAAUUUGUAAAGAAACUUUCGCCAACAGCAAACUACUAAUUGCACAUAAAUCAGCAGCUCAUGAUAGCAUUGCUAACAAACAAGCAGUGAUUGGCUUCAAAGAUCUAACAUUCGUAGAUUUUUCUAGUGAAAAAUUCCCGCAUAUUGCUAGAAGGGAAUGUGAAAUAAACCUUCAUAAAGCAUCAACUGGACUGAAAUUCCAAUGCAAACAUUGCAACAGGGCUUUUCCUUGCUCCAACUCAUUAACUAUUCACGAAACCAACUGUACUUCUCCAUUAUCUCUAAAAAACACAGAUCAUAUCUCACCACCAGACAUCAAAAGAGUGGAAUUCUUCAACAGAUUAAACCUAGUUGAUAACUCUCCAGAAAAGCCCACUCUAACACCAUUUACUUCUAACAAACUUAGAGAACACCUAGCUAGAGCCGUGGAUAACACCAAAGAUUUGGCUGAUAUUCAGUCAAUUUUAUCCAAUAUUAAUUUACAAAAACUCCAAACAGAUCAAGCCGAACUCCAAUCGCAAAUUCCACCCAAACAAAAUUUAGACAACUCCUUUGAAUACCAAAAAACUGAGGAAGAAGAAUCUCAAGAUAUUUUCGCAGUGGAAUUUAGAAAAAUGAAACUUAGAGGCGAGUUUCCUUGCAGACUUUGUACAGCAGUUUUUCCAAAUCUGCGUGCAUUGAAAGGUCAUAACCGAGCCCAUUUGAAUGGCAACAACAACGGGACUUAUUACUGCAAUAUGUGCCCGCAUUCAUCAAUAGACAAAGCUGCUUUGAUACGCCAUAUGCGCACGCAUAACGGAGAUAGACCUUACGAAUGCGCCCUCUGCAAUUACGCCUUUACCACUAAAGCUAACUGCGAAAGACAUCUCAGAAACAGACACGCCAAAACCACCCGAGAAGAAGUCAAAAAGGCGAUUAUCUACCAUCCUUCCGAAGAUCCUACUAACGAAGAACUGAACAAACUCGUCAGCAAAGAUGAACCGAAAAAAGCAUCGACACCAACGGAAGAAAAAGUACCUUUUGCUACUCCAAAGUUUUCAGAAUUGCUGCGCAACAACACCGUCAAACUGAAACCUGAAGUAUACCCAGAUCUUAAACCGACGAAACCUUUUUCCAAUUACAACGAUAUUAUCAAAACCGAUAAUUUAAGAUCGAUGAAAAUCCCAAAUGACGUUCCUUAUAUCCCAGCUUUUCCCCCGAAUUUUUCCAAUAAAAUCCAAGUAAAAGACCUGACCUCUUUGCAAAAUACCUACGACGAUUCUGAAGAUGAUUAUGUCGAUGAAGAAGAAGAGGAAGAGGACGAACAACCGUUGGAUUUGGUGUUGGAUUUAAGCAAGAAAAAGUCUCCUGAAAAAAUUGAAAAGCCCAUCGAAGACGAACCUCAGGACUUGACUAAAAAGGCUUCUCCGCCGAUACAACAACAGCUACCUCCGAAUAUGAGUCAGAUCUUCGCACAGCAGUUGCUGAAGACUCCUCCAAAGAUCGAUCCAGCUGCUUUAUACGCCACCCAAUUAGCGCUGUAUAGAAGCGGUUUUCCUCUUCCCAGUUGGCCAGGAUUUUCUAUAAAUCCGUUAAUAUUUUCAGUACCCCCACCUCUUCCCCCAAACACAACUCAAGAACUCAAAGAAAGAAUGCAGCGUUUCCAACUUUGUGGAGGUUCGAUGAUAUCAGACGAAGUAAAAAAUCUGCAGAACCUACGACCUUUUCCAGUAUCCCCACCGUAUCCUAACGGUUUUCGAAUAGACCCGAAACCAGAAGUUUUGUUAGAAAAUAAUUACUCCACACCUAAGAAACCUGAGGAUUUAAAACCGCUAAGUUUGAAUAUAGAUUCAAAUUUCCAAGAAAGCUUGAAUAAAUUGCAAAGUCCUAUUCCUCAAAAUAAACCAGACUUGAUGCAUUCCCCCAACGCUGUCAAAAUGGUUAUUAAAAACGGAGUUUUGAUGCCUAAGCAAAAGCAACGCAGGUAUAGAACUGAACGACCUUUCACCUGCGAACAUUGCUCAGCUAGAUUUACUUUAAGAUCCAAUAUGGAGAGGCACAUCAAGCAGCAACAUCCGCAAUACUGGUCGCAAAGACAAAGGAGUUCAGUCGGAACACCCGGGAAAAAGCCACAAGUGAACCUCAAACCAAACUACUGCGAUCUAAGCAUUCCAAGUCCCAAUUACGACUUUAGUAAAUACCAAAAAUUCGAAGAUACCAAAGAAUUCAUCAACGAAAAGCUCAAAUAUUCUUUAUUGUCUCAACAACUCACCAGGUGCGAGUUCAAAAGAGAAGAAGAAGAAGAAGAUUGCGCUUUAGUUAUAGACGAGAAUGAUGAAAAAUCGCAUGCAAAGACUGAAGAAAACGGACACGAAGCAGAUAAAACUGAUGUUAAACCUAAUAAAAGCGAAGAAAGUCCGGAUUUGGUUCCUGUGUCUAGGCUGCUCGACAACGCUUCACAACAGCAGUUUAAAGAGUUUUUUAAAAGAGAGGGUGAAGAACAAGAGGUCGGAUUGGCUAGCGAAGAAGACGAAGAAGGUUUGGUGGCCAGUGGAAGCACUAGCGAAGGAAAUAUAUCUGGAACUGAUGAGAAUAAAUCAGAAUCCGAAAUCGUGCAGCCAGCAAAGAAGAAAUCCGCAUACUCCUUAGCUCCGAACCGUGUCAGUUGCCCGUACUGCAGCCGAAAAUUCCCAUGGACGUCCUCUUUACGGCGCCACAUCUUAACCCACACCGGCCAGAAACCGUUCAAGUGCAGCCAUUGUCCGUUGCUGUUCACCACGAAAUCCAACUGCGACCGUCAUCUGUUGAGAAAGCACGGCAACACGGCGACCACUAUUCCGAACGACAUUCAAAAUAACGCCAAUUAUUUGAUGAGAAACGUUCCUGAACGGCCGUUCAAGUGCUCUAGCUGUCCCAGUAGCACUUUUUCCACUUAUUCUAACCUCAAAAAGCAUAUCAGCUGCAAGCAUUCCACCAACGCGCAAGGCGAUGAUAUCAAAGCGCAAGGAUACGAAGCCGGUAGCUCUGAAGAUGAGAAAUUACCGAAAAGCGACUGGGAAAAACCUCCUGUUUAUAAAUUAUCGGAUUCUAUACAAAAUUCCGACCUUCCCUACAAAUGCCAUCUCUGCGAAGGGUCCUUUUCUGACAGACAAGACGCUUUAGACCAUAUUAGGGAUAAACAUACUUCAGAAUACGAGCUGCUGAUGUCAAAGAAUGCUUUGGAGUGCAAUCCGCCGCCUCUCGAAGAUCAACCGAACAUCGACGACGAAGAUAUCGAAGCGCGUGGUAAAUUUCCCGACUAUUCCAACCGGAAAGUAAUCUGUGCAUUCUGCAUGCGCAGGUUUUGGUCAGCGGAAGAUUUGCGACGGCACAUGCGCACUCACACGGGCGAGAGGCCGUUCAGCUGCGACAUCUGCAAGCGGAGAUUUACACUGAAGCACAGCAUGCUGCGACACAGGAAGAAACACAAUAUCAAUUUCGAACAAGACGCUAAUGUUAGCGACGAGGAAGGCAUUAACGGUUCUUCACCUUCUUAUACUAAAAGCGAAGGUAAUUUUAUGCAGAAAACUGACGAGUCUGACGGCGCCGAGGGCGUGGAUUUAAUCAGUAAUCUGUUGGGGUUGAGGGAUCGAUCUAUCAUCGACAAAGCUUUGGCUGCUUCUCCUGACGUUGCGGCUAAAAUGUUAGGGGUUAAAAAUGGAGUUAGAGAGUAAAUGUUUUUUUUUUUUGGUUGAUUUUUCUUUUUUGGUGAUUUGUUUUUGCUUCAAUAAGUUAGAGAAGGAAAUGUUUAUGUGUUUAUAGGAUGAUUAUAUUUUAAGUAAAAGAUUAUUUUUUAGAAUUAUAUGUUUAUCUGGAUUUGUUGGGUGGUGUAGGGUAUAGUUUAUUGGCGGAUCAAUGGUCGGAAGGUCUUAAUUUUUACUGCCAUUUGGUAAUUUUAUAACAUCCAAAUUCUUAUUUGGGGUUCCCACCUCUAAUCGGCAUUAUAGGAUUUUAUUUUGCCGAUUAGAGGUAGGAACAACUAUUACGAAUCCGAUGGUUAUAAAAUAACAGUUUUGAAAUCAAUGUAACGGUAAAGUUUAGAGUUACAAUUUGUACAGGAUUUUUACGAUAAGUUUGAGAUGAUGUCAAAACAUUACUCUGUUGCCAUGUUCUAAAAUUGUUGAGGAGUUUUAAAUACUAAUCAUUAUUAUAUAUUUAUUGGUAUGAAUUUAGAUCUAUUUUCUUAACUUGAACAACUAAAUUUGAUCAAAAUCGCAAAAUAUCACAGCCGACUUGUAAAAAAAUUAAUACCUUCGAGUAUCCACGUGACUGUAAUCACUCAGGGUUGGAUUUAAUAUUGGCCGUUGAAUUUGGGAUACCCUACACCUUAUUUAUUAAAUUUUAUGUUAAAUAAAAGUGUAGUACAAUUUUUAUGUUGACUGAGCUAGAAUAAGGUAUUAAAUUGUUUUUAAGAAAUAUUGGCAUAAAUAUUUCCUUCUUAAAAAUUUGUUAAUUUGAUUUUUUUAUAUUAAAAGCUUAUUUCUACAUAAAAAUGAUUGUAUAUAAUAUAAAUGAUGAUUUUUUUAAUAGGUAGGUACUAAGAUUUUCAAUGGUCUAGUCAGGUUCAUUCCAACGAAUAUGUAGUAGCAUCUAAUGCGUAAAUAUAUUAUUGUUAAUUAAAUAUAAAUAAAAGUAUUAUAAUUCGCAUUUUAUUAGAUAUAAUGAUUGAUUUUUUCUUUUUAAAUGAAUUUCUAAUGGAUAUUUUUGUACAUAAAUAAUAAUAUACGGUCUAGGUAUACCAAAUAUAAUUUAUUUAUUUAUUUGCCGAGCCUAGAUGCUCAGCAAAUAAAAGCACCGAGUCAAACGUACUUUUGCCUUAUAAAUAUUUAAAAAAAUGUGUCUUAUCUAUUGCCUUUAGAGUUUAAACAAUGUACACUAAGCAAUACAGUUACUUUACAAUUUAUGAUUAUGCGAUUUUUUUUAGAAAAUAAGGUCACUUUGUAAUUUUUAGAUACAUAUGUAGUUUUACAUAUCCAAAGCAAGUAAGAACUAUUUCAGUAAGAAUUGUUUUAAAAGUUUAAGUCAUUCGUAAAGAGAAUUUAUAUCAAUUAGUAUGUAAAAUGUAAAUGUAUUCAUAUAAUUUUUCAAUUUACCAAAGAAAGUUACCAUAUUGUUAAACUGAGUGGUGUACAUUCCACUCCGCCUCACAAUGGUUUUAAGUUACCUCAUUUUUCUUAAUUUUUUACAUAUUUUCGCUUGCAAAUACAUACAACGUGCUACUGUUUGACCUUAAAGAGCUGGAUGUGCUUUGUGGUGUCAACAGUUUUGACAAUGUACUUCCACUCUUCUAUUUCAAGCUCAUUUGGAAUCUUAGAUUCGAAAUAUUUAAGCCGGUAAUCUCUUCUAAAUAGGUACAUUCCAAACAAGUUUUUCAAGAACGUGCUUUCUCAAACCUUUUAUAAAACAAUGAAUGUACUGUUUUCUGUUGGAACUCAAAACAUGUACAUACAAGUUUAGAAUAAGUUUGCUGGAGCAAAACGGCUUUAUUUUAUUUCUCUAAAAUCAAAAAAAAUUGUUAAUGAUCAUACCUUCAAAACUUUUCUUGCUGAAAUAUUAUUAAGGUUUGUUAGUCAUAAGUAAGGAAACCAAAAAUCAAAAUUGGGAUUUAAGUAUGCUUAACAUAUCUAGUGUGACGCUAUACUCCCGUUUGUUGCUGUGAAAUAUGAAUUUAUUCAAUUCCUAUAUUUUGACAAAAUAAUCAGUAUACAUGAUUCUACUAAUUUUGUACAACGACUCUAAUCAAAUUAAUACGAUUACAAAUCAUGGAUGCCAACCGUUAUUAUGUCAAAUUAUUAAGGAAUUUAAUCGAUUGGUUGUUAGUUAAGUAUAAACACACGAAUAUUUUAUUUUGUCGUGCACCUUUUUAUAAUUAAGGAUAUUUUACACGUUCACGCUGUGUCUUAAGAAAUGUAAUUUUUUGAUACAAAUCAUCUUUAAGAUUGUAUCAAGCUGUUUAGCAAUUUAAAAAUUGGAGUGAGUUAAUAGAUUUAAUCUCAAAAUAUGUGUAAUG